UGAUCGUUGUUGACGAAUAAAAUUAAAACAAGAUGUCUGGUCGUGGAGGAAAAGGCGGGAAGGCGAGAGCUAAGGCGAAGAGCCGCUCAUCUCGUGCCGGACUUCAGUUCCCUGUCGGCCGUGUCCACAGGCUCCUGAGGAAGGGGAACUACGCUCAGCGGGUCGGUGCCGGAGCUCCGGUGUACCUGGCGGCGGUGCUGGAGUAUCUGACCGCUGAGAUCCUGGAGCUGGCUGGGAACGCUGCCCGCGACAACAAGAAGACCAGGAUCAUCCCCCGUCACCUGCAGCUGGCCGUCCGCAACGACGAGGAGCUCAACAAGCUGCUGGGCGGAGUCACCAUCGCUCAGGGCGGCGUGCUGCCCAACAUCCAGGCUGUGCUGCUGCCCAAGAAGACCGAGAAGCAGAGCAAGAAGUAAACAAACAAACAAACAAACAAACGGCUCUUUUAAGAGCCACACACACUGAACUAAAGACUCUGAUCCUGUUUUACUGUCUGAACAUCAUGAACAUGUUUUUAAUGUCUUUGCAGAGAUCAACCUGUUAACUGAACUCAAAUAUAAAGCGGGAAAAAACUUCUAUUUGAAUUAUUAUAAACAAAUCGUUGAUAUAAUGACGCAAAGUCUGAUGUCAUCACAGGUGAGACAUAACAUUUCACCUGAUGACCUCAUAAAUGACUGUUCUUUAUUUAUCAGGUUCAGACUGAGCUGUGACCCUCACUCCUCCAUUAAUGAGUUAUUAGAUUAAUAAAACCUUGAUGUUUAAAAGUUGACAUUAAAUCCUGGAGUUUAAAAAAGCUUGUUUUUCACUUGU